GACAAAGGUUUGCUGCAGUGAAUCUUAACCGUCUGAAGAAAAGUCCUUCAGACUCACUGUAACUCCACCUGAAUCCCGGCUUCACAGAAAGUGAAAGUUCAGGAUUCAAAAGAGGAAGAACCAGUGGCAGCUGCUACACACCUGAGCGACACACAGCUGGAUGAUUUCUACAGCACUGAGAUGUCAGACAUGAAGGACAGUUCCACUGAGAGCCCGGACGAGGACACUGUGUCCCUCAAGAGCAACGGGAAGACGCCGACUGAUGGCGGCGUGAAGCAGCCACUGGGCAGGAUGCAGUCGAUCAGGAUGAGCCUACGACGCGCUGCGGAGAAGAGCCCACUCUCACCAGGCAAAGGGUCAAAGGUCACGCGUAAAGGAGACACAGCUGGAAACGAGUCGGGGUCGCAGCCGCCUCCGUCCCCCAGUCCGAGCGCUGGCUCUCCGGUCGUCUCUCCUCUGAAGAACAUCGGAAGCUUCUUCCAGAGAAAAGAGGAAGACGAAGGCGAUGCCACCUCACAGAGCAGCCAUCCUAUAAAGCGCUCGAAGACAAAUCCCAACAUGUCCUCGUCCGGUGAGUCUUUCGUGAGAAGGUCGUUACGUCGAAGCCUGAAUCUGGUCUCCAAGAAGGACAAAGAGCCGAGCGGCCGCCAGGAGCUGCUCCACACCGUCAGCGAGGGCCCACAGGAGGAGGAGAAGAAGGAGGAGGAUGUGGAGGUGGAGUUAGAGGAGAUGUACACGCUGCCAGACUUACCCCACACACCUCUGUCAGUGAUGCAGAUCAGUAAGCUGAUCGACAUGGAGGUGCUGGAGGAGGCGUACCUGAACCUGCUCGCCCUGCGUCAGGAGUUCCAGCAGGAGUUGGAGCGCAGUGGAGAGGACUCGCCCAUAGAGCUGGUCAAGAAGGAGAAGGACCUCAACCUCCUCUACGGGGACCUGAGGAAGAAGGUCAACGGCAUAGUGCGCGACGCCAACUCUCUUCCCUCCAGGAACAAGGGGCUGCUGGUCCCCGUGGCCCGCAUCAUCCAGGAGGAGGAGAGGAGAUCCAAGGAAGUGGGGGGGCUGCCGGACAGUUGGAUGGAGGCCUGGAGGGAGGCGGUGGGGGAGGGCGUGCAGGUGAAGGUGUCGAGCAUUCACCUGGAGCAGAAGGAGCAGAACACCUCCUGGCUGGCCGUUCACCUGGGCCUGCUGGGGAAGGCCAUCGUGGAGGACCUGGAGAACGUGAAGAGGGAGCUGCGCUGGUCCUACCCCCCCAGCUUCAGAGCCUUCAGCACCUACGUGAGGAGCUACCACAGAGUCGUGGGCCAGCACCUGAGGAAGCUGGAGCAGCAGGUGACGGAGUGCAAGGACCUGUACGCUCUGCUGGACUGGAUCAUCAACAGAUACAAGAGCGAGAAGAUCAUGGGAAGUGAGUCUCUGCAGCCGGAGAUCGGGGACGACAGCAAAGUUCUGCAGCUGGAGGAAAACUUCCUGGAGCAGCUGAAGGAGAAAUACUGCAGCCGAGUGAAGGUGGACAUGAGAUCUUCACUCGACAAAAUCAUUUCAAUGGAAAAUGAAGACGUUUGGACUAAAAGCAAGACGCCAGAAAAGGAGGAGAAACUCCUGAACUCUCCGAUCCACUUCGACAUCUGGACGAAAGUGAAAGGAAACGUUCAGAACUCAUCGAUAAUCGAUGCUCAGCUGGAACAGAAGGUCGUCACUUCCUGCCUCCAGGAGCUGAAGCAUUUUCCUCAAAGGUUCGAGUCCGAGCUCCGGCGUGUCUGUGGCGCUCUCAAACCGACACUGCUGUGGACGCACUAUCAGAUCACCUACAUCAACUGCUUCACUGCUUUACAGCAGCACAUGGAGGGACACCUGAGCGCCUGUCCAGACGAGGUGGAGGACUUCAGGAAGGAGGUGAAGUGGCUGGUCGUCACGCUCCUGCAGGGCCUGGAGGACCAGUUCAAAGAGGACGUGAAGCCGUUCCUGAGGAGGAUGAUGACGAGGAAGUGGCUCACCAGCGACGAGGACUUCAAGCAGCUCUACCGUCUCACAGAGCAGCUCUCAGACCAGUGCAGCCUCAUGACGCCGCCACACGUCCAGGAGUUUGCGAGCCACUGUCACUACCACGUGGUGAAGGAGUACAUCGGCCAGCUCAUGAAGAAUAACUACUCCUGCAAGAACUGGAAGCACGAGAAGGCGGCAGCCGAGAUCCGUCGGCAGUGGGGGAAACUGGUCUAUGUGUUUCAGGACAUGCCGUCGACUCACGAGUGGCUGAACUCAGUGGGACACGACCUGAGUGACAUCAUUGGACAGAAAAACAAGACGGACAUAAAGGAUCAUCUUGAACCUGUGGUGCAGAACUACCCGGACUUCAGCAGGAAGCACCUGGUGGCUGUUCUGAACUUCAGAGGUCUGAUGAGAGGCCGAGAACACCAGCUCAUCCUGCAGAGAUUCACCGAGCUGAAGAAGAAACUGGGAAACGCCAGCGGAGACAAAACCGAAGUGUUGUUUGGAGACAUGCAAGUCACCGUCAACACAGACUGCCUGUCCAAUCUGCCAUUCUUCUGCUUCAGCUGAGUGACGGCUAAUUCUACACAGACAAUGAACUGAUGGAGGAAGAUGAAGAACAUUAAGAAGUGGAUUUAAUGUGGAAUCUCUGGUUCCACAUAUUUAUAAAGUAAAGCUGACCACUCAGAACAUGUUUCCUCCUCCAGUGACUCAACCAGAAACACUGAACAAUCAUCAACAGUGGAGAAAACCAAGAGUCUCUUCCACCAGAUUCCUGCUCUGAAGGAAACAUCUUCACUCUUCAUCGUGGGCAGCGAGACCAAACUCUUUAGAAACACAUUUCUCAAGUCAACAACUAUAGAAAUGAUCCCUGAAAGUAUAGUCUUGGUUUGUUCAGGAUGUUUCUCUGAGUCUUAUAUCUUCAGACGUGAACCUUUACUCCUGGUGAGCUGCUGUGAUCCAGGAAGACAAACCUCCUCCAAUCAGAUGUUACACUUUGAUUUCUGUGGCUCAUUGCUGUCAUAACAAUCAUAACUGAUCAGUCAUCAAGGACAAAAGAACAACUAAGACUUUGUGUAGUUGAGAUAAUGUGGAUUCAACAGUUUAUAUGUACGUUCAAUAGUUUUUAAAUCAUCUUCUGAAGAAGAGUUUUGUUUUUCCUUCACAAUCUACAAGUUGAUAUCAGAAUAGUAUUUAUAGGGUUAGAUAUAUUUUGGAUUUUAUUGUCAUUUAUUGAGACAUUUUUAAGUUUGUGUGAAAAAUAAAGUUUGUUGAGUCUGACAA